AUGCAAACGCACGGGGUCAACAAUGCCCAGGCGGUGAAGCGAGGCGUCGUUUGGGCACGGCAGACAGGCGAUUCCAAAGCAGGUUGGGCAGAGAGCUGGCUUGCCUGGCAGCAGCUGCAGCGCUACCACGGGCAACCAAAUGGUGCCUUCAGUGCGGAUGAACAUCUCGCAGGACGAAUGCCCUCGCGGGGAACAGAGCUGUGCGUCGUAGUGGAGGCCAUGUGGUCCUUGGCCUUGGCCUCGCAGAUGGCCCCAGGAGAUGAGGAGUCCGCGGCAGCCUUGGAUGCCCUGGAGUCCUUGGCAUUCAACGCGCUGCCCGGAAGUUUGAGUGACGACCUCUGGUCUCAUCCCUAUCUUCAGUUUGCAAAUUCCUACCAAGCGGUCUCCAACGAGCCUGAUCAUAUCUGGACAAACGACGGUCCACAGUCUGCCAUGUAUGGGCUGGCGCCGAAUUACGAGUGUUGCACCGCCAACUUCCACCAAGGUUAUCCUAAAUUUGCAGGAAGUCUCUUUUUCGAAGAUUUGGCGCAGCAGCAGCUGGUUUCUGCAAUUUGGGCGCCCAGUGCAACGAAUGUCACAGUUGGCGGUAUGGCGCAUGUCGAGCUCCGGACAUCCUACCCUUUCAACACUUCGGUCGAGUACUGGAUUCAAAACACUCAGCCCUUCACGCUGAAGAUACGCCUCCCCAAAUUCCUGCGCUCUCCGACAGCAGCUCCAGUGAAAGUCCUGCUAGACGGGCUUAGCGUGAAAGUGGAGGCCACCUUGGGCUUUCUUCAUCUCUCCAUUCCUCCUGCAGCAAAGCGGCUGGCAGUAAAGAUCGAUUCUGUCAUGGCUCCCACCGUGCAGAGAUCCGCAGACCAAGGCGCUUCGGUCUACUUGGGACCACAGCUGCUGGCUCUCGACCUCAAGGAGCAGUGGCACCUGGUGCAGAGGUAUGCUUUCGAAGCGGCUGAUUGGAACACCACAGCCACACUACCCUGGCGCUUGGCCAUGCCGAUGUCUCUCCACCUUGGCGCGCUAAGGAGUCUGCAAUAA